AGAGCAGAUGAUUAAAAUAGGUGGUUGGUAUGUGAAGCUUUAUAUUCCCUUUUCAAUUUAAGAUCACAAAAUGAUCUAAUUGGAUACAGAUUAACUCUAGUCUUAUUACAUUUUGGUUAAUCAAUGAGGGAAAUAUUAUUUUAAAACUUGUGGAGUUAUUUUAAUUGCAGUAAAUGGCAAUAUUCAAUCAGUGUGACAUAUGAGCAAGGAUUAAUUGAAGGACAAGCCCCUGAGUGUUUUUUCUUAUUCUUAUGAAUUCUGUUUUUAGUGUAUUAGCACACUAAUAGCGUCUCAAGAAGUCAAAAUGGUAAACUAAACGUACACCCCUACAGCCACAUCUCACAGACAUGGUCCAAUCAUGGCCAAACUGAUAUUUUCAGGGCUGCAAUAUCUCUCUUGCAGAGGGAACUUGUUGGCAUUUAAGAUGUGGACUUCCCUCUGACUUGUUCAGGAACUAACAGAACGGCAAAAGGGUUGAGGUUUUGCGCAUUCUAAGUCAUUUUUUUUUCCUAGUUUGGAAACGAGUCAAAAUAACUACAUCAUAAGUGUUUUUCUUUUACAUUUAUUUUAGGAGGGGAAUGACUUGUCACAAUGAAUCGUUCUUGUAGCUUUGGGCUACUGAAGUGCUGUUUUGGGAAUUUGCAUUCUUGGACUCCCAUAGUUGCUCUGCAAAGAGCAGAAUUUAGAUAUAUGAAACAAAUUGCUUAUGGGUUACAUUUGCAGAGUAGAUGUACAAUUUUUCCACAACAUGCUCAUUUCACAAGAAGAUGUUACAGUAAGGAUUCCCACGCUAUAUGGCAAAGUGAAACAUUGCAAGAUUACUUAAAUUCAUUAUGCAAAGAACAUGAACGUCUAAGUGAAAUGUUGAACCACACUUCUGUUCGAGAGGAAGAUAGAAGGAGUCUGGGAAAGAGGCAUUCUGAGCUUUCCCCAGUCACUGCUCUUCUUCACGAUAUACAGGCAGCGGAACUAGAAGCCAGAGAGUUGGAGUCCAUGUGUGCUGAUAUAGACAGCAAAGAAAAGGAGGAGCUGCUAGAGCUGGCCAUAGAAGAAAAAUAUACAAUGAACCAAAAGAUUGAUAUAUUAUGCAGAAAGCUCUUGGAGAUCUUGGUUCCGAAUGAAAAAUAUGAUAUGAGUGAUGCUGUAUUAGAAGUGACGUCUGGCAGAACUACUGGAGGUGACAUUUGCCAACAAUUUACCAAAGAAGUUUUUGAGAUGUAUCAGAAUUAUGCUGAUUUUAAAUCUUGGUGCUUUGAAAUUCUGAAUUAUACUCCCUCCGAAUAUGGUGGGUUGCAUCAUGCAGCCGCACGGAUUUCAGGACAAGGAGUGUAUAAGCUAUUGAAAUAUGAAGGAGGAACUCACAGGGUACAGAGGAUCCCUGAGGUUGGCCUUUCAUCCAGGAUGCAGAGGAUCCACACAGGGACCAUGACUGUUAUUGUGCUUCCCCAACCAGCCGAGGUAGAUAUCAAAAUUAAUCCGAAGGACCUGCGCAUCGAUACAUUCAGAGCCAAAGGAGCUGGGGGACAGCAUGUCAAUACAACUGACAGCGCUGUGAGAGUUGUGCACAUACCUACAGGUAUUGCAGUGGAGUGCCAACAAGAACGCUCCCAGAUUUCAAAUAAGGACAAGGCAAUGAAAAUGCUGAAAGCUAAACUGCAUCAACAAACCGUAGAAAAUGAACUAUCUCAGAGGCAAAGUGCUAGAAAAUUGCAGGUAGGAACCAGAGCUCAGUCUGAUAGAAUUCGUACGUACAAUUUCACUCAGGACAGAGUGACUGAUCACAGGAUAUCCUAUGAAGUGCGCAAUAUAAAGGAAUUUCUCAGUGGGGAGAGCCUUUUACAUGAUUUAAUAUACAAGUUACAAGAAUCUGCUGACAUCGAGGCCCUUCUUGAAGUUAUAGAAAAGGAUUCCUCGAAGUUUAAUAGAUGAUAUACACAAGCUGCUCUCAAGCUUGAAGCAAUACAUCUGUUCAUCCUACUGUCCCUAAGGAACUUACAGCCUUGUUGAACCCAACAGAGUGAAUUGCAUGAUAAACAACAUCUGGCAGAGUGGCCUUGAUCAUUUUUAAGUUUAGCCAAUGAGCGACAAGGUGACUUUGUUUUGCUCAAUAACCAUUUGUGUGGAACGGUUACUAGACUGGUUACAAUGAGCAGACUGUGCUGUAGUAAAAUUUUACAAUAAUUACCAAAUUCCUAUCCAACACACCACCAGAUCAGAAAAAGGAGGGGGAGGAGGGCAAGGAAAUGUACAAAUCAUACAAAUGCUUAAAGCUUUCUUAAUAAAAUGUGUGAACAAAAUGAAAACAUAUAAACCUGUGUAUAUUAAGAUUCCCUCUGCUGAUCUUGACAGUUUUACUCUAAGAUAAAAAUAGGAAAGAUAUUUGUUGUUUUAAGGGUUGGUAUUAGUGUAAAACAGAAAACACAUGGACAAAGAGAAGAAGGUAAGAGGUAACUAAGUUGCAGGACAGAGAUAUAUUAGCUGAUGACCCACCUAAACCAUGCAUUACCCCUACUAAUAGAUACACAAAGUUGCACUUAAAUUAGGACUGAUCAAGAUGAUUGGCGCUUUUGAUGCAGGAUGGCUUUCUGCCAAGCAGGUACUGAAUAGGGAUAGGUAUUAGCCAUUGCUGACAGAAGAUUCACAACUGUCAUAAGUCAUUACCCCUACACUAUCUAACGCCCAGACACAAGUGUUUUAGACAAAUAUGUUGGAACCUAGUCAUCUUAAGCCUAUACCACAUAUGAGAACAUGGCUGCUUAAUCCUCCUGUUAACAUUUGAAUGCAUUCAUUGUAUGACCUGCAAAUAUAUUCAAAGAACAACUAAAACCUAGGCUGAUUCUAAUUCAUGUACAUUCCAAUCAAAGUCAUUUAUGAAUUGUAACACCACAGUGGUAGUCUAUCUGCUAACAAGCUUCUGUAGUAUUAAGUAUGUCAGUAAGACCUUCUGUGAACUUAAAGUCUGAAUAAUGGAACAUGUACAUUCUGUUAGGAGUAACAGAGACAUACAUGACCUAAAACGCCAUCAUUUCCUAUGAAAGGAGACUGGGAUUUAUGACUUCGCCAAUGGGAAAGUUUCUGCAUCUACAACUCUUAAAUGGUCUGAAUGAAGGGUUCUCUUUUGCGUCUUUGAUUAGGUUAUUGUAAAUAGUGUAUAUAAUUAUGUGGUUAGUGUGUUUUAUGAUAAUUCAUUUUUAAAUUAGAUUAAUUGUACACCACAACAUGAUCUCCUGGCUUGAUUGAAAAUUAGUGGACCUCUACUAGCAUGAUUGCUAGAGAAUAGCAGGAGGAUGAUACUGUACACCAACGCUAAUAACCAUUAACCAUGAAAAAUAUGUAUUGGUUGGUUUUGAAUAUCCAAUUCACAGCAGUAUACCAUCUCUAAUAUUUCAAAUAUAUUCACCAUAGGAUCUUGAACAUCCUGGAUACCACACCUGGUGAAUUGACUAAGAAUACAUUUACAGCAUAUACUAUGUGGUUCUGGGAGUCAUAAAGGACACUGAUUUGUAUAAAUAAGGGAACGUCAAUGAUUCCAUAUUUGGUAAAAUGUGUUAGUGUUGCAUUUUACUGUAUGUUUUGUUUUUUAGUUUAUUGUGCAUUAG